UUUUUUUAAAACACUGGGGUUACCGGCGUGGUCCAAUUUUUCCUGGAGUGGAGUGCGAAAUUCAGAAGACUGAAGCCCAGGCUGACUGUCUACCUUUCACGGAGGCCGAGCCGUGAGAGGACGGAAGAAGGCACCUGGCGCAUCAUGACAGCGGACAAAGAGAAGGACAAAGAGAAAGAGAAAGACCGGGAUCGAGACAAACGGGACAAGGGACAACGGGAAAGCGAGAACUCGCGGCCCCGCCGGAGCUGCACCCUGGAAGGCGGCGCCAAGAACUACGCCGAGAGCGACCACAGCGAAGACGAGGACAAUGACAACAACAGCGCCACCACCGAGGAGUCCACCAAGAAGAACAAAAAGAAGCCGCCCAAGAAGAAGUCGCGCUACGAGAGGACCGACAAUGGGGAGAUCACCUCGUUCAUCACCGAGGACGAUGUUGUCUACCGGCCGGGAGAUUGCGUGUAUAUUGAGAGCCGUCGGCCGAACACACCCUACUUCAUCUGUAGCAUUCAAGACUUCAAACUGAGCAAGCGGGACCACCUGCUCAUGAACGUCAAGUGGUACUACCGCCAAUCCGAAGUCCCGGAUUCCGUUUACCAACAUUUGGUCCAGGACCGACACAACGAAAACGAUUCUGGGCGGGAGCUGGUUAUCACCGACCCAGUGAUCAAGAACAGAGAGCUUUUCAUUUCAGACUAUGUGGACACUUACCAUGCUGCUGCCCUCAGGGGGAAAUGUAACAUCUCUCAUUUCUCCGACAUCUUUGCUGCUAGGGAGUUCAAAGCCCGAAUGGACUCCUUUUUCUAUAUCCUGGGCUACAAUCCAGAGACCAGGAGGCUGAACAGCACCCAAGGAGAAAUCCGGGUUGGGCCCAGCCAUCAGGCCAAGCUCCCCGAGCUGCAGCCUUUCCCUUCCGGAGAUGGUGACGCGGUGACACGUCACGAAGAGCUGGUCUGGAUGCCCGGGGUGAACGAUUGCGACCUGCUCAUGUACCUGCGGGCGGCGAGGAGCAUGGCGGCUUUCGCAGGGAUGUGCGACGGCGGUUCGACGGAAGACGGCUGCGUGGCGGCUUCCCGGGAUGACACCACCCUCAACGCGCUCAACACGCUACAUGAGAGCAACUACGACGCCGGGAAGGCCCUCCAGCGUCUGGUGAGGAAGCCCGUCCCCAAACUGAUCGAAAAAUGCUGGACGGAAGACGAAGUGAAGCGGUUCAUUAAAGGCCUCCGGCAGUACGGCAAGAACUUUUUCAGGAUCCGAAAAGAAUUGCUCCCCAAUAAGGAGACGGGAGAACUGAUCACCUUCUAUUACUAUUGGAAGAAAACCCCGGAAGCUGCCAGUUCCCGGGCUCACCGCAGGCAUCGGCGACAAGCCGUCUUUCGAAGAAUUAAGACCCGGACAGCUUCUACUCCGGUUAACACCCCCUCCAGGCCUCCUUCCAGCGAAUUCUUGGAUUUGAGUUCGGCCAGCGAAGAUGAUUUCGACAGCGAGGACAGCGAACAGGAGCUGAAGGGCUAUGCGUGUCGUCACUGCUUCACCACCACCUCCAAGGACUGGCAUCACGGGGGCCGGGAAAACAUCCUUCUCUGCACGGACUGUCGCAUCCACUUCAAGAAAUACGGAGAGCUCCCUCCCAUCGAGAAGCCGGUGGACCCGCCGCCCUUUAUGUUCAAGCCGGUCAAAGAGGAAGAUGACGGUCUCAGUGGGAAGCAUAGCAUGAGGACGAGAAGGAGUCGCGGCUCGCAGAUGUCUACACUUCGCAGCGGUCGUAAGAAGCAACCCACCAGCCCAGACGGGAGGGCCUCGCCCAUCAACGAGGACAUCCGAUCCAGCGGCCGUAACUCACCCAGCGCGGCCAGCACGUCCAGUAACGACAGCAAGGCGGAUUCGGUCAAGAAAUCCACCAAAAAGAUUAAAGAAGAGGCUUCUUCCCCUCUCAAGAGCUCCAAGAGGCAGCGAGAAAAGGCGGCGUCCGACAGCGAGGAGCCCGACCGCAUCAAUGCCAAGAAAACCAAAACCCAGGAGAUCAGCCGGCCCAACUCCCCCUCGGAGGGCGAAGGGGAGAGCUCCGACAGCCGCAGCGUGAACGACGAGGGCAGCAGCGACCCCAAAGACAUCGACCAGGAUAACCGCAGCACCUCGCCCAGCAUCUCCAGCCCGCAGGACAACGAGAGCGACUCGGAUUCUUCGGCCCAGCAGCAGCCAUCGUCUCUCCAGGCGCCCAACGGCCCGACUCAGCCUCCGGGGCCCCUCCCAGCACAGCUGCCCUCCUUGCCGGCCGGCUCCAGCAUCCCCUCUUCCACCGUCGUCCCGCAUGUGUCUCCUUCAGGAGCGCAGCCCCCCAGCCAGCCUCUGGCUCCGGGCCUCCCUCAUUCGCACAUCCAGCAGGUCCCUUCGUUGCACCCGCCCAGGCUGCCUUCCCCUCCUCACCCGCCACUGCAGCCACUCGCAGGGCCCCCGGGCCAGCCCCAGGGCCUCCCCCAGCCGCACCCUCAACCGCCCCUCCACGGCCAGAUACAGGCCCUCCCGCAUGGUCUGCAAGCACAGCCCCUCUUGCCCCACCCGGCCCCUGCACAGCCCUUCACUCUCCCGCCCCAGGCCUUGCCAGCCUCCUCUUCGCAGUCUCAGGGUCCCCUCCCUCCCCCGGCCCACCCUGCCCUGCAGGUCUCCUCUGGCCAAGUGGCCUCCUCGUCCCCGCUGUCUUCCCAGUGCCCCCGGGAGCAGCCCCUGCCCCCCGCCCCUAUGGCCAUGCCCCACAUCAAGCCCCCACCCACCACGCCCAUCCCGCCUCUCCCCACGCUACCUUCCCACAAGCACCUCUCGGGCCCUUCGCCGUUCUCCAUGAACUCCAACCUGCCCCCGCCCCCUGCGCUGAAGCCGCUCAGCUCCCUCUCGACCCACCACCCGCCCUCCGCGCACCCCCCUCCCUUGCAGCUGAUGCCCCAGAGCCAGCCCCUGCAACCCUCCCCCGCCCAGCCGCCAGUCCUCACCCAGAGCCACCCUGCUCCUCCCCAGCCUUCCUUCGCCCAGCACCCCUUCGUUCCUGGGGGGCCGCCUCCCGCCACACCUCCCUCCUGCCCGUCGACUUCCACGCCGCCAUCUGUGCCAAGCGCUCCGAGCCAGGGGGCCGUGUCCAGCUCAGCGGCCUGCGGCGGAAACGUCCCUGUGGUGGCCCCCUGCACCAUCCCCUCCAUCCAGAUUAAGGAGGAGGCGCCUGAUGACGUCGAGGAGCCUGAGAGCCCGCCUCCCCCCACCCGGAGCCCCUCGCCAGAACCCACCGUGGUGGACACGCCGAGCCACGCCAGUCAGUCAGCUAGGUUUUACAAGCACCUGGACCGCGGCUACAACUCCUGCGCGAGGACGGAUCUGUACUUCAUGCCCCUGGCCGGCUCCAAGCUGGCGAAGAAGCGAGAAGAGGCGAUCGAGAAAGCCAAGCGGGAAGCGGAGCAGAAAGCGAGAGAAGAGAGGGAACGGGAGAAAGAGAAAGAGAAGGAAAGGGAACGAGAACGGGAGCGCGAGAGAGAGGCCGAGAGGGUGGCGAAAGCAUCCAGUUCCUCCCACGACGGUCGUCUCGGAGAAUCUCAGCUAAGCGGUCCAGCGCACAUGAGGCCGUCUUUCGAACCGCCUCCCACCACCAUUGCGGCCGUGCCCCCUUACAUCGGUCCGGACACGCCGGCCCUACGGACGCUGAGCGAGUACGCGCGUCCCCACGUCAUGUCCCCCACCAACCGGAACCACCCUUUCUUCGUCCCCCUCAAUCCCGCCGACCCGCUCUUGGCCUACCACAUGCCGGGCCUCUACAACGUGGACCCCACCCUCCGGGAGCGGGAGCUGCGGGAACGGGAGCUGCGGGAGCGGGAGAUCAGGGAGCGGGAACUGCGGGAAAGGAUGAAGCCGGGUUUCGAGGUGAAGCCUCCCGAACUGGACGCCCUCCACCCGGCCACCAACCCCAUGGAGCACUUUGCCCGUCACGGAGCCCUCACUAUCCCCCCGACUGCAGGCCCUCACCCCUUCGCUUCUUUCCACCCUGGGCUUAACCCUCUGGAGAGGGAGAGACUCGCUUUAGCCGGCCCUCAGUUACGGCCCGAAAUGAGCUACCCGGACAGACUGGCUGCCGAGAGGAUCCACGCCGAGCGCAUGGCGUCCCUCACCAACGAUCCCUUGGCCAGGCUCCAGAUGUUCAACGUGACGCCCCAUCAUCACCAACAUUCCCACAUCCAUUCACAUCUGCAUCUCCACCAACAGGACCCACUACAUCAAGGCUCAGCCGGACCCGUUCACCCCCUCGUGGACCCUCUAGCCGCUGGACCGCACUUGGCACGCUUCCCUUACCCUCCUGGUACCAUCCCCAACCCGCUGCUAGGACAGCCAUCUCACGAGCAUGAAAUGCUGCGGCAUCCAGUCUUCGAACACUCGGUAUGCCCACUGAUGGGACACGGAAGACCCCGGGAGGGGGGAGGGGUGAUCCGUGCCCUGCUCGUCUCUGGAGAUGCCUUCUCCCUCUUUCUCCCAGGUGCCCCCUACCCACGCGACCUCCCUGGCGCCAUCCCUCCUCCCAUGUCAGCGGCCCAUCAGUUACAAGCUAUGCACGCCCAGUCGGCAGAGCUUCAGCGACUCGCCAUGGAGCAGCAGUGGCUUCACGGGCACCCCCACAUCCACGGGGGGCAUCUUCCCAGCCAAGAAGACUAUUACAGCCGUCUGAAGAAAGAGGGCGACAAGCAGUUGUAAUACCUUAUUUAUUUGUGACGCUGACUACUCAAGUUCCUAGUCCUCGUGGGGGGGAGAAAGCAGUGGAAUGUGUUUGAAUCUCGAGAACUGCUGGAAAGAACCUUCUUCUCUCUUUUCGCACGGUGGAAAACACACAGCAGCCCCAUCAGUUUCGCCCGAAAGCCAAACCUCACACGAGACGUGAAUUGGUGCAUACGUUCUGUAUAGUAUUCACUUGUAGGAAAGAUUUCUCAAAAGACCAGUUCAGGAGUCUCCUUGCAUGACUUAAACCUGUUAAAAGGCCUUUUCUUUUUUUCCCUUUUUUUUUUUUUUCCUUUUUUGGAAUGGGAGGAAGAAGAGGAACAAAACAGAACCGGGAGAGAAAUUAAUCCAAACAAUUUCUUAUUGGUUUGGUAUGUUUUUGGCUGUUGGUUUUAUUUUUAUUCUAUUUUAUUUUUUUCAUUUUCAUUUUUGAGUAGGUGCUAGUUUCAGAUUCACAACCUCUAAUGCAAGCCACUGUGCAUAAAAAAAAAAGUAUAUUCAAUUUAUAUAUAUAUAUACUUAAAAUAAAAAUAAAAAAAAUACCCGAGAAUCGCAAGUUAGUGGCUUUACAAACCUCCGGAGAAAAAAAUCCAAGUGCUAUAAUAGAAUUUUAAAAAAAGAAAAAAAAAUCUACUUUUAUUUUAAUACAUUGUAGGCAAACUUCAUAAUUUUAAAAGAGAGCUUUGCAGCAUGGCUUUUUAAGUCUGUAAAUAAGUUUUUCGGGGGAGGGGUUAGGGGUUUUAAAAAGAUGAUUAUAAUUUCAUGAAUUCCUGAUUUAUUAAUAAUAAUAAUUAUUUUUUUGCCUCUUCUCCAGCCCCGACUUCCUUCCUCUCUCAUCAUAAAAUCAUCUACUUCUUAAAACCUGCUGUUUCACGAGAAUAUAGACUUGAUUUUUUAAACAAAUAAGAGGAAUAUAUAUAUAUAUAUAAGCGAUCCUUUGAUUCAUGAAAAAGGGGAGCACCAUAAAGUCAAUAAUUUCAGAACGGCUGGUCGGAGCGCAAAAGCAUUAAAAGGAGUUGCAGGGAUAAUAUUAAAAAAAACAAAACACAGUUUUGAUUUUAUUUUUUGCACACAUGUUACAUGUGCAACGUUCUUUAUUUAAUUACUUAACGUUCCAUAAACAUUCUCCUCCCAUUUCCUUCAGUAGCUGGUUGUGUUACAAAAGCAGUUGUCUCUUCCAGAUUGUGGGUACAUCACCUCAUCCCUGGAGGUGCCUCUUUUACAUACCACACUCCUUUUUCUGAUUUUAUUGCUUUUUUUUUUUUUUUAUCCCAACAGCGUAGGAACAUUGAAGGUAUUUUUUUACCAUACCCUUCUUAAUUUGAGCCUGUGGAUCAUUUCUGCCAGCCCAUCAAUUUAAAUCGUUUGAGAAAAGGUUAAAAAGGCUUGGCCAGAGCAGUAGGCUGCUUUCAAACCGGUUAUGCAUAAAAAAUGCUGGCUGUAAAUAUAAUUUUAAGUCGCCCGUGGGCACGCACGAUUGUUCGGGCAGGUUUCUCUCCUCCCUUCCAGCCUCAGUCUACCCUCUGGGUUGUGUCGGGAAGCGGAAUAAAAUCGGAAUUUUUGGCAACACUCAGGAACGCGUUUGGUUAAGACGACUUGCCUUUUCGCGAGAUCGUUCACGCCAGCCUCCAGCUGAGCUACCUGGCCGUUGCUGGACUCGCACUGUGAAUCCUCGCCCUUCCCACGGUUAACGUCAGACAAGCUUUUAAAUUGGGAGGCCAAUACGAAACGUGUGCCUGCGUCACCAGUUCCCCUUUUCGUUGCUUCUGUCGGAAGCCUUUGCUGCCCCGUGUCUCUCCCCUCCCUCUUUAUUUUUUUUGGGGGGGGCAGGGGGGAAGCCAAGAUUUCUGGUGCAAAGGCCAUUUUAAAAAAUAAAAUCACCUGUGUUUUCUCAGGAUACCCUCUCCCAAUCCUUCAGAAUCUCCCUUCCUGAUGGCAGUUUGCAGCCUGCCCCCAUCAUCCCUUUCGCCCUAAAGGUUAAAAAGAAAAAAUUCCCAGCACAGACCUGCAUCUCGGUUUCACAAGAUAGAUUUGGCUUGGCUCGGGGUGGGGGGUGGCGGUGUCUUUUGGGGGUGAUCUCACCCAGCCCGGAAUUAAACCUCAAUCCACGUUGGCGAUCGGAUGGGUCUCCCUUGCCUUUACUUGCAGGAGAUACAAACAGUUAAAUCUGGCCUUUGGGGGAAGAGAAUGGGACUGAGAAGCAGGAAAAAACUUUUUUUUUAAUUUUUAUUUAUUUCUUUUGCAAGUCAGAUGCAAAAAAAACCACAAAACCGUAUUUUUUUUCCCCACCGACUAGCAAGACAAGCUAAAAAAAAAAGUGAAGGAAUCUUGAAAAGUUCAUCCGCUUUUCUGGAGUGGAAAACACUAAAAAACAACAACAACAGCAGAAUAGCCCCCAGUAAUUUGUGAACAUCCUUCUUCCGUCUCCUGUUCGUUCGUGGAAGAGAAAAGCAAAAUCUUAAUUUCAACAGGUAAACCUCCCGAGUCUUCGGGGAAUCUGCCUAAACGUAAGAUCCCCUUUUGGGAAACGCGGAAAACAGAAGUUGCACACUCAAGUCAAAGAUACCAUCCUGUUGAACUCCCACCCACCCUUCCAAUUUUCCAGUUAAUAUUUUGAAUCAUUCCAGGGUGGGAAAACUUUUUAACUCGCAGUGUUACUUCUUCCCAAUCUCUUAGCAAUCGCCUUUCUCUGUUGCAACCGCCCGAUUUUUUUUCCCUUUUGUGGUUUAACAUUUUGCAGAACCUUCUCCGUUUUUUGUUUUGUUUUAACAACACAUUUCUUUUUUUUCCUUUUCUUUUUUUUUCUCAUUCUGGUUGCCCCACUCUCCUAGUUUGGGGUGGAUCAUUAUUUUCGUUCGUUCGUUUUAUUUCACCAACCCGUCUCUUCGUUCAGUGUUGUCCUUAUUCAAGCUCUCCCUUCUGACAACUACGUUUAUAUAUAUCUUGAGGCUUAGUGUAUAUAUGAGUAGUUUGCCAUGGGGUAACACAGUGUAAAGCAGGAUAUAGAAGAAGAAGAAAAAAAAAACCCAGGAGUUGUGAAUUCUGUGUUCUCUCCAUUUGAGUAUUUUGUAAUUUUUUUGAAAUAUUUGUGGACAUAAAUAAAAACCGAGCUACACUA